UUCAAGACCGGAGCAUCAGCCUGCAGAGAUAAAAACGGAAAUCUGGUUAUGGAUACACAGUCUACACUGGGCAUAUGGAGGGAACACUUCUGCAAUUUACUUGCUGGCGAUGAUGCACACAAUUCCGACCCAGUAGAAGAUGACCCGAUACCGCCAAUCGACGAUAAUUUGGACGUUCCACCACCUAGUCAUGCCGAAGUGAGAGUUGCCAUUCAGCGGCUCAAGAAUAACAAAGCGGCUGGCGCUGACGGCUUGCCCGCUGAAUUGUUCAAGACUGGC